AUGAGCCAUGAGCCACCGUCGCCAAAGAGGCGGCAUAUUCUUUCAUCCAUCAACCCAGACAAUUCCCCAGAGACACACCAACAUGAGGACGCGCCGAUAAGCCCUUCCGCAGAUGGCGUCAAGCCAGCCGACGAGAAUGGCGAAGACGCAAACAUGGACCCGGCGAGGCCAAGGCGGUCGCGGUUGAAGCUGAAGGGCGAGAAGCGCCGUCACCGCUCUCGAAGCCCAGAAGAUGAGUCUGGUCACCGCCGACAUCGUCAUCGCAGCCAUCGCGAUCGCCAUACUCGCCGACGACGACACCGCUCGCCCACGCCGCCCAAUCCGCAUGACGCUCCGCCGCUUGACACAGAGGCCGCUUUCCGCGAGUCACUGUUUGACGCCAUGGCGGAUGACGAAGGCGCUGCGUAUUGGGAGGGCGUCUACGGCCAGCCCAUUCACGUCUACUCGGACGAAAAAAUUGGGCCGGCGGGAGAGCUUGAGAAAAUGACGGAUGAAGAAUACGCGGCGUACGUUCGGCAGAAGAUGUGGGAGAAGACCAAUGCUGGGCUGCUGGAGGAAAAAGCGCGGCGGGAGGAAGAGCGCAAGAAGAAGAAGGAAGAAGACAGGCAGAAUCGCAAGUUGCGGGAAGACAUGGAUCGAAGCAUGCGCCGGUCUGAUGAGCGACGUCGGAGACGGCGUUGGGCUGAUGGAUGGGAUGCGUAUACGCAGGCUUGGUCGAACUGGGACGGCACUCUAGAUAAGAUUGCUUGGCCAGUCUUAAGUGGACAGCGAAAGGAUGUUAAUGAAGAAGCAGUUCGAGAUUUCUUCGUGUACGGUUUGAGCUUGGAGGAUAUCGGAGAGAAGGAGUUUGCUACGAAGCUCAAAGAGGAGCGAGUGCGCUGGCAUCCGGAUAAGAUACAGCAGAGGCUGGGUGGGCAGAGUGAUGGUGAUGUUAUCAAAGACGUGACGGCGAUUUUCCAAAUCGUGGAUAGGCUCUGGGGACAGAUGACGAAGAAGACUCGAUGA